UGCCUCGUCUACAAUCAUGAUCGCUGUCAUCGCCUUCAUUGCCCUAGCCGUCUCUGCCGCUCAGGCCGGCCUCAUCGGUCACGGCGCUGGUCUCGGAGGACUAGCUAUCAACCAUGGAAUCGGUCUCAACAGACUCGGUCUCGGUCACGGAGCCAUCGUUUCUGCCGUCCCCGCUUUGAUCUCGGCCCCUGCUGUCGCUUCCGUCGCCUCUCCCAUCAUCGCUUCGUCUGCUGUCACCAGCCGAGCUGACGCAUGGACCCCGAUCGUGGGAAAGGCUCUUGCUCCCGUGGGAAUCGCCAAGCUCGGAAUCGCUUCCGCUCCGAUCGGUCUCGGUCUUGGAAUUCACGGCCUGGGUCUCGGAGGACUCAGCCUCGGUGGUCUCAACGGAGUCGGACUCGGACUCAAAGGAUGGUAA